AUGAAAGAACUAGUAGCAGAGCAUAAAAUGAAAGAAACUGAGAGGGGAAACCAAGAAGAAAAACAGCAGAUUGUAGAAGAAAACAAACAACAAAAUGUUCAUCAAAACAACAACACUGAGAAGAUUAAAAACCCAAACGACAGCAGUGAAAAUGAAAAGAAUAAAAUGGAAAUGGCAACACAAGCAAAAACUAAAACAAAAACAACAACAACUACUGCUAAAGUUAAAGUUAAAGCAGCAACAGGAAACGGAAAUCCUUACACUCAAAAUAUUAGCACAGUUAAAGAGCAGCAACAAGAUGUUGAAGAGAGCUCUACACAAACUCAAAACAAUAAAACGGAAAUCAAAAUUUCAAAAUCCAAACAAAGAAAUUACCUAAAAUUUUUAAUAAAUUUAUAUUUAAAAUUAAAAUUAAUUUUAUGCAUUAGUCAAAUAAAUAAAUCUAUAUUAAAAAUUCUUAAAACUAAAACCAAAACACAUACUAAUUAUAGUAAGACAACAAAAACAACAACUAAUGUUGAUCAAAUUUGUAAUAUACACUUAAAACAACAACAACAAAAACAGCAGUUAAUACCAAAAACUGCAAGUUUCAAAACGAUUUCAUUUAAAUUUAAACUUGUAAUAAACUUUUUAACCAAAUUCAACAACUAUUGUAGUAGCCAAAGCAUAAAUCUAGAAAACCAUGUUAAAAUAAUAAUAAAGAAAAUUUUACAUAAUAAGAAAAUAAGAAAUUUUGUAGGAAUUUGCCCUAAAAGACUGAUAUCAUUAAAAAGAUUACAACAAAUUCCUGAAAAUCAUAAAAAUGUGGAUGAUGACACAAACUCACUUAGAUCACGCAAUUAUUCAAAUACCAAAGAGCUGCAACUAUGGCAGCAUAUACAACCAGAGUUGUCGUUAAGUAAAGAAUGCAAAUUAAGCUUUGGAAAGAAGAGUUAUAAACCUAUAAAGCUAGAGUUACAAGAAAGCUUAAAUAAAUUAUUAAGCUGGUCUGAGAAAGAGAGCGAAAUGGAACUCUCUAAGAGUAAUUAUUCAAAUACCAAAGAGCUGCAACUAUGGCAACAUAUACAACCAGAGUUGUCGUUAAGUAAUGAAUGCAAAUUAAGCUAUAUCAAGAAAAAGUAUAGCUCUAUAAAGCAAGAGUCACAUGAAAGCUUAAUAAGCUGGCCCGAAAAGAGCCGAGAUUAUGGCCAUUUUAAUGACACAAACAAUAAAUUAAUUCGCCCUUUCAGGCAAUUUAAAGAAGCGCACACCAGAUUUAUUCUGGAAGAAACUAAAACUCUUGAAAAUUCUUAUAAAAAUUGUAAAUCAAUAAUCGAAAAUCCAACUGAAUACAUGACUUUAACCCCUAAUAAAAACAGCAAACUAUUAAGGCUCAAAGAAAAAGUUCUGGAGCACAAUAAUGAAGAAUUAAGCUGUUGUAACAAAUUCGAGAAAAGUUACUCCAAAUUUAAUAAAACAAGCCUUCAAACAAACAAUUUAAACCAAACUAAAAUUGAUGUACACUCCAACUUUAGGAAUAUUGAAGAUAUUAAACAGGAAAGCAAAAAUUUCCUUAAUGAAGAUCUGGGAAAUGCUGAUCAAAAAUGUAAACACAGAGUUGUAUUAAAACGCAAUGCCAAGAAUGCUAAUCAAAUCAGAAAUGUUGUAGGACACCUUCCGAGAAACAAAACUUUGACAGAUUUGCCUGGAAAUAUGGAAAUUUCCAGGGAAAACUAUAGCAUGCAAACAAAACCAAAAGAUUUUGAAUUAAAACAACUUCUUGCAAAUGCUCCACAAAAGUGUUGCCAACCUAAGAUGGCCAAUGAAGAUCAGGUUAAAUUUGAAAAUUCCAAGGAAAACUAUAGCCUAUUAAGAAAACAUAAAGAUUCUGAAUUACAAAAGCUACUGCAGUAUUCUCCAGAAAAGUGUGGCCAACUAAACAAACACAGGGAUGUAUUUGAUCACUAUUUGGAUAAUGAAGAACAGAAAGAGCCAGAACUACAAAAUAAUCUUCAAUAUUUUUCUGAGAAACGCAGAAAUACACUUAAACUCUACUUGGAUAAUAAAGAACAAAUGGAAAAUGAAAAGUGUGGCCAACUAAUACAACACAGAGUUGCACUGAAACGUGAAUUCGGGAAUUUUGAUGCAACUCCAUACAAAUGUCAAAGAAAAUAUUCAAAUUUAAAUGAAACUCAAGCUGCAUUAAAUCCUCAACAAAAAUUUGUAGAUAUUCUUCAAGAUUCACAAGAAACUUACACACAACAUAAAGCUACAUUAAACCAAAACUUCAGAAAUUUCAAAAAUGCAAAUAAAAAGUGUAGCCAACCCGAAACCAAAAGAAGGGAUUUGAACUCGAAUAUAGAAAGCUUUGAGCUCCCAGUAAAUGACAACAGUUUAUCCAAAAUCACAGCUAAUUCACAGAAUUCCCUUACAAAGUUUGGAGCACUAAAUCAAACUGGCCUCGAUCUUAUUAAAACAGAGCGUAUCGAUCAAUAUUCAAAUAAAAAGUGUAGCCAACCGAAACCAAGGAAAGGAGCUUUAAGCUUCAAUAUAAAAGACUUUGAUCAGUCAGUAAAGGCAAAAAGUUUAACCGAAGUUCCAGUUACUCCUCAAAAUUCCCUUAAAAAGUUUGAAGCACUAAAUCAAACUGGCCGCGAUGUUAUUAAAACAGAGCGUAUCGAUCAAUAUUCUAAUAAAAAGUGUAGCCAACUGAAACCAAGGAAAAGAGCUUUAAGCUUCUGUAUAAAAAGCUUAUCUGAAAUCCCAGAUACUACUCAAAAUUCCCUUAAAAAGUUUGGAAUCCCAAAUCAAACUGAUUUAAAAACAGUUUCAACUCAAAAUGUGUCCUCCAAAAUGAAUGGCCUAUUAAAAUCCACUACUCACAGCCCUUCCCAACGAGUAUUGGCAAAUAAUACAAACUCUGCUAAAGAAAUUGAAGAAAUUGUGUGGCACAACAAUAAUUCCUGUACAAAUUCCAGACAUAAAGAAAGUAAACAGCAAGAAUGUCUAAAGAAAUGCCAACAUUUCCUAUAUUCCAUUUUCCUCUAUUAUUAUUGCUGUUGUUGCAGUUGGCAUAUUUACGGAUUUCCGUUAGUGUUAGUAAAAAUUUUCAAAUAUCUUAAAGAUUCAACAGUGCAUGUGUUAACACGACGACUUAAAACAUCAACAACAACAAUAGCAGCAAGAAUAACAUUUUCAGCAACAUCAAUAGACUAUAGGUUUGGAAAUGUUAUUGCAGCAUGUGGUGGAAAAUUGAAAAAACCGACAAAAGUGGCAGACUAUAAGGCCAACAUUGAACAAAAUGUUUUGAAAAGGCAGACAACACAUAUAACAGCAGAUAAAAUAACAACAAAAGCAAUUGGUUCAUGUGCAUAUUCAUCGUCUUGUUGUUCAACAAAAUCGUUAACAGCAUCUCCAGAGAAUUUAAUAUUACUACACCAGCAACAACAACCCCAGCCAUCAUGGACGCCAUAUUGCCAUUAUCAACAACAUCAACCUCAUCAUCAACAACAACUACAAACGCAGCAGCAACAGCAACAGCAGCAGCAGAAACAACAGCAGCCGCAGCGUUAUCAUCAUCAGCCUUUGCCUUCAUACAAUUCCUGCUCGACUUUUCACUUACAACUGCCAUCGUUGUUGGUAUUCUCACGCACAUUGAUUAUACUGAUACUGUUGUCAUCGUUGUGGCACACAUCGGAAGGUUUUCAUGGCAGUGGUGUAAAAUUGAGCACAAAUACGGUUAAAACGAAGUAUGGUCUGGUGCGUGGCAUUGUUGUACGUUCAUCGCCAUCAUUAGUGGAAGCUUAUCUGGGCAUACCUUAUGCAUCGCCACCUGUCGGAAGUUUAAGAUUUAUGCCACCCAUUACACCCUCAACCUGGAAAAAUGUACGCAAUGCUGAUCGUUUUUCACCGGUUUGUCCGCAAAAUGUACCCAUACCACCAAAUGGGCCCGAAGCAUUGCUGGAAGUACCCAGAGCACGUUUGGCACAAUUGAGACGUUUAUUACCGCUGCUGAGUAAUCAAUCGGAGGAUUGUUUGUAUUUGAAUAUUUAUGUGCCCUAUGAACAUCGGAGACAUAGACGUUUCACCACCAACAGCGGUGAAUUGAAUGACUCGCCAAAAUUACCAACCAUACUCUUUAUACAUGGCGAAUCGUAUGAAUGGAAUUCCGGCAAUCCAUAUGAUGGUUCCGAAUUGGCAGCUCAUGGUAAUGUUAUCGUAGUGACCAUUAAUUUUCGUUUGGGCAUAUUGGGUUUCCUUAAAACCGGUGGCAAAGAAAGUGCACAGGGUAAUUUUGGUCUCAUGGAUUUGGUUGCUGGUUUACAUUGGCUGAAAGAAAAUCUACCCGCCUUUGGAGGUGAUCCCCAGGCCAUAACAUUGCUAGGACAUGGCACGGGAGCAGCACUAGCUAAUAUAUUAGUGGUGUCACCAGUAGCUAGUGAUCUGGUACAACACACUGUUAUGGUAAGCGGUUCGGCCUUAUCACCCUGGGCCAUACAAAAGAAUCCCCUGUUCGUUAAGCGUCGUGUGGCCGAACAGACUGGUUGUCAUGGCGACAUGUUGUAUUAUGAUUUGGCGCCCUGUUUGCGCACAAAAUCAGUGGCCGAUCUUUUAGCCGUUAAAAUCGAUCAUCCGCGAUUUUUGGUCGGCUUUGCGCCAUUCAUCGAUGGCACUGUCAUAUCACCCAAUACAGAUUCUAUUGGUAAAUUAUCACUGCCCUUGGGUUCAGCUAUAGUUAGUACAUCAGGAAUUGAAUAUGCAAAUUUUCCUAAGCGUAAUCUUAUAUUUUGUCUUACAUCGGUGGAAUCACAUUUAGAUUUGAGUGCUCAAGACUUGGAAUUUGGUUUCAAUGAAACGCGUCGUGAUCGUAUCUUAAGAACUUAUGUACGUAAUAAUUUUCAUUAUCAUCUAAAUGAAAUAUUUGCGGUAUUAAAGAAUGAAUAUACCGAUUGGGAUAAGGCCAUACGUAGUCCUUUAAGUUCUCGCGAUGCCACUUUGCAAUUUUUAAGUGAUGGUCAUACGGCUUCGUCCCUUAUCAAGCUGGGUUAUAUGCACAGUUUAAGGGGUGGUCGUGGUUACUUUUUACAUUUCAAACAUCGCACCGUAGAAGAGGAAUAUCCUCAGCGAACUGGUUCAGUACGUGGUGAGGAUGUACCAUUUUGGUUGGGUUUACCCAUAUCACCUCUAUUUCCGCAUAAUUAUACAACUCAGGAGAAACAAAUCAGUCGUUUAAUGUUAAGAUAUCUGGCAAAUUUUGCCAAAACGGGUAAUCCAAAUCAAUCAUCUCUAUCAUCUCCUUUACCUUCUUCGCCUUCCUUGAUUGGUUCACCACCAUCUGCCUCCUCGUCAUCAUCCUCUUCUGCGUCCUCAUCUAGUCAAACUGCCGAUGAUCCUCAUGAAAAAGUUAAAAGAUCCUCAUUUAACAUUGUAAAUGCUACUUCAUCAUCUUCCAGUGGUCCAAUUAAAAGUAAUGCCAUUGUAGUAGACGUUGCAACUGCCGCCGCUAGGGAGGCUUUGAACUUGGCUGUGCUCUAUAAUCAACGUCGUACCAAACGCACUUAUUAUAAACGUCACUCCCGUAGUAAUGAUGAUCAUAGUGGCAGUGCUUCCAGUGAAGUGAAUUAUUUUUUAAGUACCAACAAUAACAACAACAACAAUAAUAAUAAAUUAGACAGCGAUGAGCUGCCAUUUUGGGAUGCCUAUGAUGUUGUCAAUCAAUUGUACAUGGAAUUGGGUAAUAAAGCUGAAAUCCAAAGUCACUACAGAGGACACAAGUUAUCAAUGUGGUUGAAUCUCAUACCUCAACUGCAUAGACAUGCCAAUAUGAAUGACCAGUCCAUGAGACAUCAUCAGUUCCAAGAUGAUUUAAACAAUUUGAAUUUAUAUGAAGGAAUUGUUAGAGCCCAAAUACAAACCAAGCCGGAUGAUGAUGACGAAACCUUAUUGCUGCCAAAGGGAAGACCAACACCGCCGCCACCGCCACAAGAAACCAAUACCACACUAAAACCUAAUGCAGGCACAACAGAAUGUGGUGUUGAUGGUGCCAUGUUUGUGGCCGAAAUGACUACUGCCCCACCAUCCGAUAAUCGCUCGUUGGUUUUGGAUAGUCGUGAGAAAGAAAUGGCCACCGCUUCCACCGGUCUCAUAGGUAAUCUAGAAGUGUUAAGACGUUUAAGUGGUAAACAAUUUCAAAGUUAUACUACUGCUCUAGUAGCCACCGUGGCUGUGGGUUGUUUCCUGCUCAUACUCAACAUUCUGAUAUUCGCUGGCAUUUAUCAUCAGCGCGAGAAGCGUGCCCGAGAUGCUAAAACUAAAGAGGAAUUGCAGGAUAAUGAUACUAGUAAAAACUCCAGUAUGUUGAAAUUAAAUGCCCUGGGCAGUGAGACGGGUUCGUUUAAUGGCAGUGGAGCUGGUGUUAGUGGCAAAACGACCGUAGUGUUUGGUGAAUACAGCUGUUAUGAUGAGAAAUCUUUACAAACGAAAGAUGAAAAACUCAUAGUUGAAUUACCGCCUCCGCAAAUGCUAGAUCCUAAUUGGGCCGCCUGUUCGACUAGUACCUUGGAUUUAUUGAAAACUAAGCAUCACAACCCUCUAGAUAACACAUAUACCCUCAGCAAUGUGGUGCCCAUUAAUACAGAAUCACAAACGGAACAUUUAAUGGCCAUCAAUGCCAUGGAAAUGGUAACCUAUAAUCCUUUGCCCAUGGCUUCUGGUCUUAUAAUAGAUCCCAGUUUAGCCGCUACCUCAUCGUCAGGCUUACUAAGUAAACGCGGUUCGUUUGUGGGCUCAGCGGGCCAAUUGAAUCAGUAUGAUUUUGCCUCGGUACAAUCCUCAGAUCAAAUGUCCUUUAAGGAUAUAGAAAAUGCUGUUAAGGCGUCGGCUACUAUGGAUGAUGAUAUAACGCAAGAUGAUGAUAUACCAGAACCACCACCACCGCCAAGAUCAUUUCAUAGUAUGCAACAGCAACAACAACAGGGAUCAGCUAAUAUGCCACCCUCAGCUAGUGGAAGUGGUGGAGGAGGUGGUAUAUUAAGACAAGCGGGCACCACAUCGGCCACACAAACUGGAGGAGGUAAAAAACGUGUACAUAUACAAGAAAUAUCUGUCUAA